AUGCAGAUCAAGGACAGAGGCUUUGCUGCUGAGGUCUAUCAAAGCUUUCUUGAGAACAUCGAUGGAUCAGAUUACGAAGCUUUGUGUGGCCUCGUGCAGGCCUUGUCGGUGACAGACCCGGAACGAGGAAGAGAGUAUGCUGAAAGACUCCAGGUUCCUUCCUUUGAUCAUCUUGAUCCGGAGGAGCUGGAAGCCCAAGCAAUUCCCAAGGUUGGAGCAAUGUUCUCUCAGCGGAGACGCGACAGAGAUGAAGAGGCCGAUGGAGCUGCCACAAAGCCAAAGAAGAAGCGCAAGCGAAAGACUCGCUAUCCCAAAGGCUUUGAUCCAGCAAAUCCUGGGCCUCCUCCUGAUCCUGAAAGAUGGCUCCCAAAGAGAGAGCGAUCAGAGUUCAAGAAAAAGAUGAGGAAGAAGGACAAGCAUUUGCUCCGGGGCCCACAAGGGGCGAUCACCACGGAAGACUUCCGAAAGCAGGGGCCAUCCACCGCCCAAGUGGAGGUCUCCAAAGAUGCCACCGGACCGUCCAGACGGAGUGGAAGAAAGAACAAAGGCAAGUGA